UUGAGUAUACACAGAGUAAAGCUCAAUAUUCCCAUACCCACGAAUGCACCACAAGACCAACAUGGCGAGCUGCAUGAGCAUGGUUGCAAGAGUUGGAGGCUCAGCAGCUCUAACUGUGUUAAAGCCGGCAGUGAGACAAUGCUCAAAGCAGAGGAGGAGUGUGUUCAUCUCGUACCGCUGCUCGCACGGAGCCCGGAGCAGUUUGUACGAGCAUGUCCGUGAAGGUUACAGCGAUAAGCCCGAGCUGGAUAUGAGAGCAGUGACUGAGGAGACAGACAGAGUCACAGCUGAGGUGGAGAACAGGAAGGGUGACCUGAGAGGAGACGAUGUCAGGAAGAUAGUGUGUGUGUGGCAGGAGCUCCAGGCGGUGAGGACAGAAAUCUCUGAGCUGGAGGAGCAGAAGAGACUCAUCAGUGACACAGUCAAAGCUCUAGUGACCAAGAACGACAAGAAAGCCCUCGGCAAUCUCCCAGAGUACAGCCAGGCUCUGCAGACGGGCCGAGAGAUCCGCAACAGACUGAAUCAACUCUACCCCAAAGAGACGGAGCUAGAUCAGGAACACUAUGGACGAGCGCUCAGACUGCCCAACGCCACACACCCUGAUGUGCCAGUUGGAGAUGAGAGCCAGGCGAGGGUGGUGGAGCUGGUUGGACAGAAACCAGAGUUUGACUUCAAACCCAGAGGCCACGUAGAGCUGGGGGAGGAGCUGGGUCUCAUCAGGCAGAGACAUUUAGCUCACGUCUCAGGCCACAGGUCGUACUAUCUGAGAGGAGCAGGGGCCAGACUUCAGACUGCACUGCAAAACUUUGCCCUCGACACACUGCAGCGACGGGGCUUCAUCCCCAUGGUUGUACCUGACAUGCUGAAGGGGGCAGUGUUUGAGGGUUGUGGGAUGCAGCCCAACGCCCAUCGCUCUCAGGUCUAUUCACUGGACCAGACCCGUUUCCCAGAUCUCAACCUGGCCGGGACUGGAGAGGUCGGGGUGGCAGGUUAUUUCAUGGAUCAUGCAGUAAACUGGAAGGACCUGCCUGUCAGGACGGUGUGCAGCAGCACCUGCUACAGAGCAGAGACGGAUACGGGCAGAGAGACAUGGGGGCUCUACAGAGUACACCACUUCAACAAGGUAGAGAUGUUUGGAGUGACGGCAGAUGAGACGGGAGAGGAGAGCUCUCAGCUGCUGGACGAGUUCAUCUCUCUGCAGAAAGAGAUGUUCUCUGCAUUGGAACUACACUACAGAGUGCUAGACAUGCCGACACAGGAACUGGGUCCUCCAGCUUACAGAAAGUAUGACAUUGAAGCCUGGAUGCCUGGAAGGGACAGCUAUGGAGAGAUUUCCAGUGGGUCCAACUGUACUGACUACCAAAGCAGACGCCUCAACAUCCUGUAUGAGCGAGAGGACGGCAGCCUGCAGUACGCCCACACAGUGAAUGCUACAGCAUGUGCCAUCCCCCGAACCAUCAUCGCCAUCCUGGAGACUCACCAGACCAAAGAAGGAACAGUGCGUGUCCCCCGAGCUCUGCAGCCUUAUUUGGGCCUGGAAAUGAUCGAGACGCCAAAGUACGCUCCGCUGAAAUACAUCGGACCCAACCAGCACAGUCGACCACCCAGACCUGCUCCCAAGACCAGAUGACACAAAUACUGUACAAGCACACACCAGACGUGGGAGCCAGUUCACAUUCAACACUACCAAGUCAGACAGGAAGCAGGUCUCUAACACGGAUAAGGAUGUUUCGUACAUGUUGUUAAUGAUCUCCAUUGUUCUUCAGAUUAAAUGACAGACAGUCUGACUUUUUGAAUUGAGUGCAACGGUGUUUCAAGGUGGAUCCGACCUUUAUCUUUCAGUUUACUGUCACUGUAAAUGUAUAUUAUGUCUUAUUUUGUCAAAUGUCAUGAAAUUGUGAAUGUACACCCAAACGUGUGUUGUCCAGCUCAUGAGGAGGACCAUAAUAAGGAAUAAAGAGAAGUAGGGUUGCAACUAA